AUGGAUUCAAGAAAUUAUCAAACUCAGUCCUCUAGUUACGUAGGACUGCUUUACAGUCAACAUGGAAGUGGUCUCCAUGAAAACUUUCCUUAUGAAAGUUUUCAUUCAAGUGUUAACUUUGGAGAAUCGGAGAUCCCUCCCUUCAGUUCACAACAAGCUGAACACACGCCAGUAGACACACCAGUGGAGCGUCAUGUUAGACGCAAAUGGAGCCCAGCUGAUGACGUGGUUCUAAUCUCUGCGUGGCUUAACACUUCGAAGGAUGCCGUUGUUGGAAAUGACCAGAAGUUGGGGACCUUCUGGAAACGGGUUGGAGAGUAUUAUGCAGCAAGUCCACAUGGUCUACAGGAUGGUGAAAAGAGAGGGGAUCUUACUUGUAAGAAGAGGUGGCACAGAAUACACGAUCAGGUUACCAAGUUCUGUGGGGCAUACUCAGCAGCAGAGAGACAAAUUGGCAGAGGUGAGAGUGACACUGAUGUUCUCAAGAAGGCUCACGACAUCUUCUACUCUGAUCAGCAAACCAAGUUUACCCUUGAGCGUGCUUGGUGUGUGUUGCGCUUUGAACAAAAAUGGCUUAGCCUUAACACUCCAAAAGCCACUGCCAGUUCAAAGAGAAAGGAUGGUGAGACAGAUUCAAGCACCACUGUCCUUGAUUAG